GCGCGGCCACGGCCGGCCUCUUCUUCUCCAGCUAUUGGUGCUUCUGGCCGCUCGGCUCCACCCCAGCCCGCCAUGGCGUCAGCCGCCGCAACCCGGGGGAGGAGGUUCCCACUUUAAGAAGUGAAGUUUUCCUCCCCCUCCCCCUCCUGCCCACCUCUUGCCGCCUCCCGCGCCCCGCGGGGCCGCGGAUGGAGCUCCGCCGUGGCGGCGUGGGGAGCCAGGCUGCGGGCCGGAGGAUGGAUGGGGACUGCCGCGAUGGCGGCUGCGGCAGCAAGGACGCCGGGUCGGAGGACUACGAGAACCUACCGACCAGCGCCUCUGUGUCCACCCACAUGACAGCGGGAGCGAUGGCCGGGAUUCUGGAGCACUCCAUCAUGUACCCGGUGGACUCCGUGAAGACACGGAUGCAGAGUUUGAACCCAGAUCCCAAAGCCCGGUAUACAAGCAUCUAUGGCGCCCUCAAGAGGAUCAUGCACACUGAAGGCUUCUGGAGGCCCCUGCGGGGCCUGAACGUGAUGAUGAUGGGUGCGGGCCCCGCGCACGCCAUGUAUUUUGCCUGCUAUGAAAACAUGAAAAGGACUUUAAAUGACGUUUUCAGCCACCAAGGAAACAGCCAUCUAGCUAAUGGGGUAGCUGGGAGUAUGGCCACCCUACUCCACGAUGCAGUAAUGAAUCCAGCAGAAGUGGUGAAACAGCGCUUACAGAUGUACAACUCCCAGCACCAGUCAGCCCUCAGUUGUAUCCGGACAGUGUGGCGGACCGAGGGGUUGGGGGCCUUCUACAGGAGUUACACCACACAGCUGACCAUGAACAUCCCCUUCCAGUCAAUCCACUUCAUCACCUAUGAGUUUCUGCAGGAGCAAGUCAACCCUCGCCGGGACUACAAUCCACAGUCUCACAUCAUCUCAGGAGGCCUGGCCGGGGCACUGGCUGCAGCCGCCACCACCCCGCUGGACGUCUGCAAGACCCUCCUCAACACGCAGGAGAACAUGGCACUUUCCCUGGCCAACGUCAGCGGCCGGCUGUCAGGCAUGGCCAAUGCCUUCCGGACGGUGUAUCAGCUCAACGGCCUUGCUGGGUACUUCAAAGGCAUUCAGGCUCGAGUCAUCUACCAGAUGCCUUCCACCGCCAUCUCCUGGUCCGUUUAUGAGUUCUUCAAGUAUUUCCUUACGAAGAGGCAGCUGGAGAAUCGAACUCUGUACUAAAGGAACGGGGCAGUGGGAAGUGGUUCCGGCAUCUUUUGUUCCAGCUUCAUCCUCUUGUUCUUGCACCCAGGGCUUGUCCUGAAGGGUGAUUGCGCUGGGCCCUUUGUUCCCUGGUGCCUUAGAAAGGGAGGACCGGCCUCCCUUCCAUGCUGUCUGUGGCGACAUCCGAGGUGGUGGCAGGCGGGGGAAACUUGGGGAGAGGGAGAAGUUGCUUUUUCUCCCCCUUCCUCGAGAGGAAUGUAGCUUUUCUGCCUCACUGUGGCCUUCUCCCUAGAUCUUUAGAUCACACCGCAGAGGCGAACAGUGACACAGUAAAGAAAAAGUUUAUGUACAUAAAAGUACCAUUACCCAGUCUGAAAUAGGUGGAUAAUGUUUAUCCUUUAUUUUUCUACAUAGAGAUUUUUGAAAUUGUGUGUGCUUGUGUGUGUCCAUAAAUAAUAUUAGAGUUGGGAAUGAUGGACCUGUUUUUUUUUUUUUAAAUAAGAGUUUAAUUCUUCCAUCAUGAGAAGUAAAACAACAACAACAACAGGAAAAAAAAAAAAGGAAAAAAAAGCACCAAAGUAAUAAAUGGCUUUAUGUGGCCUGAAAUUGUGUGUAGCGCCCCUCCCCUGGGUGUUUAACUUGAAUGUAAAAUAAUAAAUAUGAAGUUUAUAUUUUGAAUUUCUCUUUUUAUGGGGAAAAAGGUACGUUGAAAACAAAUCAAAAUAGUCUAUCACUUGGAGCUUUUUUGUUUGUUUGUUUAAAUACAGUCACCCUGUAUGCCUUUCUGUCUUUUCUAAGACUUGCAGGACCCUCCCUCUGUGGAUACCCCUGUACAGUCCUCAGCAGCCAGGUUGUCCCAGUAGAAUAAGAAUGGCUGGCCUUAACCUUCUGUCUGAGUGAUGUGAACGUGUGCCUCCCUGGUCAGCUCUUAGCACUGGAAAAUGCCACCAUCUGCCUAGCGAGUCGAUGAGACAACUCCUGCCUUUGUCUUAGGACUAAUUUCUGUAGCAACCUCCUUUUUGGGCACUUCUGCUCACCUUGUCUAUAACUUAUUUUUAUUAGCUCCCCCUUGACCUGUUUCCCCUGCAGUCUAGGGAUUUUGAGUAUUUUUGGCACUCAUCUGUCUCCUGCCCUGUUCCAUGUCUUUUCCAUCAUAGCUUCUCACUGCACUGAGGCCAGCCCUCCAGCCGGGACAGAAGCCUGCCAUGACCCUCCGCCCCUCCAGAGCGGCUCAGCAGCCUUGCCUCAGCCUGUGUCACUUGAGAACCUACGUCCUCUCUGCUUUAUUUUCUGAAGUGGAGUCAGAUCAUCUCAGAGAAAACACAAGACUGUGUUGUCCUUUCUCCCAUCCUCAUGGAGGUGACAGGAUGGGCUCAGUUUCCCUCUUCCAACUGUCUAUGAGUAAACAGGGAAGACACUUGUGUUUCCAUUUCUAUGGCCCUGGUCUCAUUUGGAAGCCAUGGCUAGCAUGUGCCCUCAAUGGGGGUGGCUUAGACCUUGAGUUCCCAUGGAUGGUUAUGCUGCCUGGGAAGAAAUUCAGCUUGUACUUGGAGAAUUUUCAUCUUGGACCCACAUACCACUCAGUGCCAGUGGAUGCAGAUUUUUGGUUUUGUCCAGCAGCUGUGAGAAGUUACUCGCUGGCCAGCUGACUUUUUUUUUUUUUUUUCGGAGAGAACAACCUUCCUCAAGUACUUCCGUGUACUCCAGGAGGGCUUCCUGGCUGGCUGCAGGUUUCUGUCUUAUUGGUGUCCUGGGCUGGCUGGUGUCCUACUGUCACUGAAAAUGUUUCUAUUCUUACCCUGCUAGCACUGAGUAGAGUUAAAUUCUAUAAAUGGAGAGGAAAGACAAAGUGUAGAGUCUAAAGUCGAAUUUAAAUUAAACCCCAAACUAUUCCUAUACCACUCUUUGAUACAUUGGUGAUUAAUCCUGCUUCAGAGACAAUAUUUCCCCUUGGAUUUUCUUUACAGUUAUCUAAUACUGGGGUACCCUCUUUGGUCAGGGCCUUGUAACGUAGGACCAGGACUUCAGGACUCUGUGGGCUCGACGUCCAGGGUUCCCGUCCAGGCUGUCCCCUCCCCAUGAUUGGUGGGUUUUCAGGAGGAUGGCUUUUUGACCUGCCCGUCCCAUCCAAUCAUCCUAAGAUUGAGUGAGUGAUGUGUCUGAAAAAGUUGCUAAAAGUUUGGAAGCAUUCAGUAAAAGUUCUGUGGAAGUUAGCUCCAAAGUCAAAAUUGUCUUUGACCCCCACGCACAUGGUAGCCUGUGUGUUGAUUGUAAUUUUUGACAUUGCAAAUUUCUAGGGUAGGAAAAUGCUUCCCCUACUCAGUGACCAGUUUAGGAGAGCCAUAACCUAUCUUGGUCAUUGGCAUCUUUGGAGUGACAUCCAAGGAUGGACCAUCCCACCUUGGGUACAAUGAUAAUACUUUAGCUGUGUGUGUGUGUGUGAGAGAGAGAGUGUGUGUGUGUGUGCAGGCCAUGCAACAGUCAACCAUUUAAUAGAUGAGUGUUAAUUUAUUAUAAACAAAUAUUGAUCUUUUAAAAAUGGGAUGCUCUUAAUUCAUGUCUUUUUAAAGAAUUGGAUUAAAUAUAGCUAUUUUUAUGUGAGCUUGUUCCCCUCCCUCUCUCCCGCUUCUCUCUGUCUCAUGUCUUACAACUGUCACCCUCCAGUGUCACCCCAAGGCUAUCUCCCCAACAUACUGUUAUGCCAUUAAGGUUUUAUUUAACUUUAUUUAUGGGUAAUUGUGUCUGUGAACAACAAAUGUGCCGCUGCCGGUCGCACAGUGUUUGGGAUAAGAGUGGCCCAGUGUUGCUUUCUGAAUGUCUUAAAAAUGCCUGUGGUCAAGAUGGUUCUUGCUUUUGUGGCCUUUGGGUCUGGGGAGCAGCGGUGUGUUCACAUGUGUGGGUGUCUUUUGUGCUGCUGCAGUUGUAACACUGGAGGUGGAGAAAAUAAAGCAUUGAUCUUGAAA